UACACAAUCUUAUAACAUAACAAAAAAAAAUGGAUAAGAAUAAGGACCAGAAGCGGUUUGUGCUAGUCCAUGGGAUCUGCCACGGCGCCUGGUGCUGGUACAAGGUGAAAACACAGCUAGAGGCUGCAGGCCACAGUGUGACCGCGGUGGAUCUAGCUGCAUCGGGUGUAAACACGACUAGAGUUGAAGAUAUUCACACUCUUAAAGAUUACUGUAAACCACUUCUUGAGUAUCUUAGCUCACUUGGUUCGGGUGAAGAUGAUAAGGUGAUUCUUGUUGCUCAUAGUAUGGGAGGGGUCUCUGCUUCGUAUGCUGCUGACAUCUAUCCUAGUAAGAUUGCUGCUAUUGUCUUCACGGCAUCUUUCAUGCCCGACACAACAAACCCACCUGGUUUUUUUUUCGAAAAGCUGAUCACAAGCGGUCCACAAGAGAACUGGUUGGAUACUGUGAUUACAAAACAUGAUGGUCGUCCUCAAGAGUUUGCUCUUUUUGGACCAAAGUUCAUGGCCAAGUGUUUGUAUACCCUGUCUCCUGUCCAUGAUCUUGAAUUGGCGAAAACGUUGGUGAGGGUGAACCCGUUCACUACAACUGAUCUGACAGGGACAAAAAGCUUAAGUGAGGAAGGAUAUGGAUCCGUAACGCGUAUAUAUAUCGUAUGCGGAGAGGACGUUGGGGUACCUAGGGAGUUCCAGCUUGAGAUGAUCAAGAACUUCCCACCAAAUGAAGUAAUGGAGAUCAAAGAUGCAGAUCAUAUGGCAAUGUUCUCUAAGCCUCAAGAACUCUCUGCUCUUCUCUUGGAGAUUGCGGAUAAAUAUGCCUAAAAUGAACUUAAGAUAUGUGUCACUGCAUUAUAGUUACACAAAUCAGCUUCAACCAUAAUUAUAUUAGCCAGAUUUGAGUGAUGUAUGAGUGAUUUUAAGAAAAAUGUAUUUUCAUGUUUUCACAAUUAACGAUUCAUAUUUCAUGAUUUGCACACUGAG